UUGGGCGACAUUUCGCUCUUGCACCCUCCUCCUAAGCUUUAAGUGUAUUAGCAUUUUAAAGUAACCAAGAAAACUGGACGAACCACACACACCGCCUGUCAAUACACCGCUGAAGUGGGUGUGUAUCAGUGUGGUCAUUAGUAUGUAAGACGUUGUGACAUUAACCACUGGGCGCAGAAUAAUAUCCCAACUUUCGUAGUUUGCAACCUGCGUGCUACUGUAAAUUUCAUUUUUCCAAUUUAAGAGGAAUUAAAAACAAAAAGAAGAGAGAAAAGGGACUAACAACAACGAUGGCGUUCCCGACGGUUUGGAGGGAAUGCACUCUUUUAUGUGUCGUAUUCCUGUUGUCCUUCGUUCGCACAGCGCGUGGUCAGGCGGUCCAGGCGGAGAAUGUGACGGUGCAGGAGGGCGGCACAGCCCAGAUCUCGUGCCGCCUGCAGAACUACGACGGCUCCAUCGUCGUCAUCCAGAACCCGCGCAGGCAAACGCUCUUUUUUAACGGCACUCGAGCCCUAAAAGACGACCGAUUCCAGAUGGUGCUGUUCACGCCGCGGCUGGUGCGCAUCACGCUGACCAACGUGAGCGUGAUGGACGAGGGCGGCUACUUCUGCCAGCUCUACACCGACGACACGCACCACCAGGUGGCCACGCUGUCCGUGGUGGUGCCCCCGGAGACGCCGAGCAUCGAGGUGAACACGGAGGCCGUGGAGGGCGGCGAGGCCAAGCUCACCUGCCUGUCGCCGCGCAGCAAGCCCCCCGCCUCGCUGCGCUGGAUGAGGAACGGCCGCGAGAUCCCAGGCGUGGUCUCUCAGCAGGAGAAUGGGAAGACGGUCAGCGUGUCCAACACCGUCACGAUUCACGUGGAGCGGCGGGACAACGAGGCGGCGGUCAGCUGUGAGGCAUCCCACCCGGCGCUGGGCAACCAGAGGAGGGUCCGCCAUUAUCGCCUCGACGUGCACUUUGCCCCUACUGUCAAAAUCACCCCGCCACAGGGAAUCCUUCGAGAGGGAGACUCCCUCACCCUUACCUGCACUGUCACUGGAAACCCACUGCCUCGGCUCAUCCAGUGGUCACGGGUGAACGACACCCUCCCGGAGCGGGCGGAGAUCUCGGGCACCACCCUGGUGAUGUCGCGCCUCAGCCAGUCGCACAACGGCACCUACCUGUGCCAGGCGCACAACAACCACGGCCGCGCCGCCGACCACUACACUCUCCUGGUGUACGAGAACAUUACUGUUACUACCACCUCCAUCCCUGACCGCUUCACCCCAACCUCCCUAACCGCUGUCUUUGCAGCAGAGCCCAAAGAUCCCGGGGCAGUGGUGGAGACCCACAGCGCAGUACCGUACGCGGUCAUAGGGGGCGUCUUGGCUCUGCUGGUGUUCACCAUCAUCUGCGUCCUCAUCGUCACCAUCUGGUGCUCUGUGCGUCAGAAAGGCUCCUAUCUGACCCAUGAGGCCAGUGGUCUGGACGAGCACGGCGAGGUCCAGGAGGCCUUCCUCAACGGCAACGACACAAGGGACGGCACCAAGAAGGAAUAUUUACUGUAGAGGUCCCAGCAGAAUCCUCCUCCACAACGACUAUAACACACCACAUAACACUCACACACACAAACACACACACACACCAGACACACACACUCCGCACACACCUCCAGACCUGAUGAAUGGUCGCCCUGACAACUCCAGCGAUUUCACAUGGUUCAGCCAUACAAGA